ACUGUCACACUGAAAAUUUUCUUUUCGAGCUCUUUGUUUUGAUUUACAAAUGAAAACAUAGCUUGCGAAUACUGAAAACAGUCAGUUUAUCAAAUUUCUAAAUAAAAGUGAUAUUGCUAAUGUGAUAUUUUUUAUCAUUAUGUAAUUUACCUGCCAAGCUUAUUAAGAACUAAGGUUGUCCAAAGUAAUUUUCAAUAUGGAUCUGCAAGAAAUUUUAAUAGUUGUAAGUUAAUUUUUUAUUUGUUUUACAUUAUGGCUUAUGGUUUGCUUAAUUUAAAAUUAUAGAUGUUUUAUCAUAAUGAUGGGUAUGAAGCGAAAAAAAUUUAUAAUUGUAAGCUAUUCGUAUACCGAAGCCAGCUCAAGGCUUAAACCCCAUGGCACUAAUGAAAUUUUCAAUUGUUAUUUUAAGUCCUAAUUCACCACAUGCUCAGUAGUGAAGGAAAAUACUGUGGAAACCUACAUCUCUGAUAAAUAGAAUGUUUCAGUGAUGUGUGAAACUGACACUGAAGCAGUACGGCGGACCUCAUUGCAUAAUAGCCUUUUCAGAAAUGAGAAGCCUGUGCUCAGCAUUGGGACAUUAUAGACUGAAUCCCAAUUAUUUACUUCUACACCAUAUUUACAAAUUUAUUGAUUUAAAUAAGUUUAAAUAUUAUAAAAAUUAAUAUUUAGCCAAUAAUUUUUAAAUGGAAUUAUAGUUUGUUUCACCACCUUAAUUGACUAGAAUGGAGGUAAAUCCAUCUAUUGAAUUUUGUUACACCUCCAGACCUAUUUAUGUUUUAUUUUUUCAUAUAUAUUUGUUGUAGUAUUUUGAUUAAUUAUAAUAAUAAAUGUAUGUUUAGUUAUUCAUUUAUUUAUCCUUUAUUGAAGGACUGACUGUGCCAAUGGAACUAGCAAUGCAUCUGAUAUUAUGUAGAUUAUAGACAUUGGCAAGCAAUAACCUACAUCAAACAAAAUAGGUUACUUAGAUGUGACUCUGAGGACUAUGAUGAAAUGCCUCACAACUGACAACUACAGAUUAACCGGGGGCCCAAUAGACUCCACAGACAGACUUCUAGGUAGAAAAGAAUUUUUCACCACCUAGUGUUUGUGCAUGUGCCUAUUAAAAUGCCUCCAUAAUACAAUAGAAAAUCCUAAAACACACGCAAGGUCUUAAUAAUUUUCUUUUUUAUUCUUUAGUAAAUUAAAGAAAUUUGCACAAUCUCUAAUUUACUAAAGAAAAAAAAGAAAGUUAUUUAGACCUUGCAUGUGUUUUAAGUACUGUGCACGGGGGCGUGAAUAGAGAAAUUGCUAUUUGAAGUACUAAUUUACCAUGUGGUCGGCGGUGAUGGAGAACAUGAGGAAACACAUAUAUAACAUAUAAAAUAUUUCGAGGGUAUGUGCAGUCUGCCAAUACACACUGGAGUCGCAUGGCGGACUUAUUGAUCUUCCUCUUACAAAUCUGUGCCCAGCAGUCAAAUAUUAUAGGCUCGUGCUUACUUUUUUACUGUGACCGUUACAGCCUAUCAAAGUAUUCUGCUGAACAUAGGCAUCUCCUGUACAUUGCCUUUUAGAUGCUCUAUUUGAAAUAUUUACCACGCUCAGUAAGUGGGUUGUCAACCGCAAUUUUUAUUUUUAGUCGUAUUAGGAAGCCACUGCUGCCCAUCUCUUGAUUUGUUUCCCUCUGUCGCCUCUUAGGACACCCACGGGAUAAUAUGGGGUAAUGGAUAUUCUUACACCGCCCCUACUCAGUAAAUAUGCUUUUUUAUUUAACAACAGUAGCCUAAUGGCAGGACAGACUGCGAACUCAAUAGGUCGUGGGUUCUAAUCCACCAUUCGACGACUACGCCAUACACUUCUAACACAAGCAUUUUAAGUUUAGCAGGAAUGGUUAAAGAGAAUAUUAGUAAUUUUAAUAGAAUAAUAAAAAAAUAUUUCAUCUUUUGGGGGGAUGAGUCGCUCGCGUCCGUAGGCUUCGACCACCUAAUCCUAGGCCCACCCUACACGUGUCCCCCGGGUGGUGCUAAACGAGCGACAAAGCCGAAACGACAGCCUCGGCUCUUCGCCGUAUGGUAGCGGCAUAAAAUCUACCACCCCUUAGUUCGCACCAUGAGCCAAGAAGGAAAAGAAAUGGCCCCGAGUUCCCGGCGCCCCUUUAAUGGGGCAGGGGUGCGAAGAAUCUCCGGGAGAAAAACCGGCGACGAGGUUCGCCACCCGUCACGUCCUGUCUCCCGGGGGGGCGAAAAGUGGAUUGCGGAGGCCCGUCUGGCCACGCUGAAUGUAUGUGGAGCAAUGAAUGAUAAGAUGGAUGAAGUAUGCGAAAUGAUGAAUGAUAGAGGAAUAGAUGUGUUAUGUGUAAACGAGACGAAACGAAAGGGAAGAGAUGUCACUGCACAUGGCAUGUAUACCGCUUACUGGUCUGGAGUAGACGAGAACGAGCGGGCAUGCCAGGGAGUCGGUGUCAUCCUUUCAGAAAGAAUGGGUCAAUGUGUGAAAGAGUAUGAAUGUGUUAGCCCAAGGCUGCUGUGGAUACGAAUGAAAGUGGGCUUAAAGAAGUUGUUUGUGCUAGGGGUGUACGCCCCAGAUAUGUCUAAGCCCACUUAUAUCCGAGAGCAGUUUUGGGACAUGGUAAGGCUGGUGUUGAUAAAAUGUAAGGAAAAUGAAAAUAUUAUUAUGUUAGGAGAUUUUAAUGGAAGGGUUGGGGUGAAGAGGUCUGGUUAUGAAAGAAUAUUAGGAACGUUUGGCGAUGAAAGAAUAAAUGAGAAUGGUGAAGACCUCCUCACCGUAUGUGUGGAAAAGAAUCUUUUUGUGGCGAACACUUUCUUUCGCCAUAAGAGGAUUCACAUGUAUACAUGUGAAAGAGGGGAUGAUAGAAGCAUGAUAGAUUUUAUAAUUGUGGAUGAAAGAAUGAGGAGCGCAGUGGUAGAUACAAGGGUUUACCGGGGGUCCAACAUAGGGACGGAUCAUUACUUGGUCUUAUGCCGAAUUAAUGGUCUAUUCAGACGUUGGCGGCAUCGGACAUCGGUGUCUACCACUGCGUUACAGCGUAUAAGAAUAGAGAGGUUACAAGAUGAAGGUGUGAAAGAGAAGUAUAAAUGCAGAUGGAGGGAAAAUAUAAGUGGGUUGAAUGAAUUAUGUAUGAAUGAUUUAGAAUUGAAGAAUGUAUGGAAUAAUAUUAAGAAAGUUUUGGUGGAUGCAGCCACCGAAGUAUGCGGUGUAAGUAAGAGAACGAAUGAAAGGAAAAGUAAUACGUUGUGGUGGGAUGAUGAGGUACGGAUGGAAGUUGAAGCAAAGAAGAGAGCAUGGCUAGAUUUACUAGCAACUAAAGCUGGUAAUUCUGGCGGUAUGAAUGAUGAGAUUGAAAGAAAAAAGGCAGACUUUAGACGUAUAAAUAAGAGAGUAAAAGAAGUUGUUG